GCGGCGGCGAGGGCCCGGGUGGGUGGCCGAACUUCUCCCGCCAUGGAGGGAGCAGCGGCCCGGGAGGCCCGGGGGGCCGAGACCCCGCGCGCGUCUGCGCCCCCGCCCGCGCCCUCGGAGCCCCCGGCCGCGCCCCGCGCCCGCCCGCGCCUCGUCUUCCGCACGCAGCUGGCUCACGGGAGCCCCACGGGCAAGAUCGAGGGCUUCACCAACGUCCGCGAGCUGUACGCCAAGAUCGCCGAAGCCUUCGGGAUCGCGCCCACCGAGAUUUUAUUCUGCACCCUCAACAGCCACAAAGUGGACAUGCAGAAGCUCCUAGGGGGUCAGAUAGGCCUGGAGGACUUCAUCUUUGCCCACGUGCGAGGCGAGACCAAGGAGGUGGAGGUCACUAAGACAGAGGAUGCUCUGGGGCUGACCAUCACGGACAACGGGGCUGGCUACGCCUUCAUCAAGAGAAUCAAGGAAGGCAGUAUCAUCAACCGGAUCGAGGCAGUGUGCGUGGGUGACAGCAUCGAAGCCAUCAACGACCACUCCAUUGUGGGCUGCCGCCACUACGAGGUGGCCAAGAUGCUCCGGGAGCUGCCCAAGUCCCAGCCCUUCACCCUGCGCCUGGUGCAGCCCAAGAGGGCCUUCGAUAUGAUUGGCCAGAGAAGUCGGUCCAGCAAAUGUCCAGUAGAGGCGAAAGUGACCAGCGGGAGGGAGACCCUGCGGCUUCGUUCUGGGGGGGCUGCCACAGUGGAGGAAGUGCCCAGUGAGUUUGAGGAGGAGGCAUCUCGGAAGGUUGAUGACCUGCUGGAAAGCUACAUGGGCAUUCGGGACCCCGAGCUGGGUAAGGGGCCAGGCGUCCACCAUGGUGGAGACGUCCAAGAAGACAGCGAGCGCCCAGGAGUUUGCACGCUGUUUAGACUCCGUCUUGGGCGAGUUCGCCUUCCCCGACGAGUUUGUGGUGGAAGUGUGGGCCGCCAUCGGCGAGGCCAGAGAGGCCUGUGGCUAGUUUGCCCUGGGGGGGCCCAGCACAGCCCCAGCCCGGAGCCCAGCCCCCUGCCCCGGCCCUGCUCCAGAACCCAGCCCAGAUCGGAGGACAAGUUCCUCUCUAGAACCCAAUCCAAUUUGGAGCCCCAGCCCAACUCCAGAACCCAGCCCUUCUCUAGAAUCCAGCCCAGAUCUGAGGCCAAGCUAUGUGCUAGAGCCCAGGCCAGCUCUGAGACCGAGCCCAGCAUUGAGAAUAAGCUCUGUUCUAAAACUCAGGCCAGCCCUGAGACCGAGCCCAGCUCUAGAACUCAGAUGAGCUUUGAGGCCAUGCCCAGCACUGAGACCAAGCCCUGUUCUAGAACUCAGGCCUGCUCUGAGGCCAAGCCCAGCUCUAGAACCCAGAUGAGCUCUGAGACCAUGCCCAGCUCUAGAACUCAGAUGGGCUCUGAGACCAUGCCCAGCUCUAGAACUCAGAUGGGCUCCGAGACCGAGCCCAGCUCUAGAACUCAGAUGGGCUCCGAGACCAAGCCCAGCUCUAGAACUCAGAUGAGCUUUGAGGCCAUGCCCAGCACUGAGACCAAGCCCUGUUCUAGAACUCAGGCCUGCUCUGAGGCCAAGCCCAGCUCUAGAACCCAGAUGAGCUCUGAGACCAAGCCCCGCUCUAGAACUCAGAUGAGCUUUGAGGCCAUGUCCAGCACUGAGACCAAGCCCUGUUCUAGAACUCAGGCCUGCUCUGAGGCCAAGCCCAGCUCUAGAACCCAGAUGAGCUCUGAGACCAUGCCCAGCUCUAGAACUCAGAUGAGCUCUGAGACCAAGCCCAGCUCUAGAACUCAGAUGAGCUUUGAGGCCAUGCCCAGCACUGAGACCAAGCCCUGUUCUAGAACUCAGGCCUGCUCUGAGGCCAAGCCCAGCUCUAGAACUCAGAUGGGCUCUGAGACCAAGCCCAGCUCUAGAACUCAGAUGAGCUUUGAGGCCAUGCCCAGCACUGAGACCAAGCCCUGUUCUAGAACUCAGGCCUGCUCCGAGGCCAAGCCCAGCUCUAGAACCCAGAUGAGCUCUGAGACCAAGCCCAGCUCUAGAACUCAGAUGGGCUCCGAGACCGAGCCCAGCUCUAGAACUCAGAUGGGCUCUGAGACCAUGCCCAGCUCUAGAACUCAGAUGAGCUUUGAGGCCAUGCCCAGCACUGAGACCAAGCCCUGUUCUAGAACUCAGGCCUGCUCUGAGGCCAAGCCCAGCUCUAGAACUCAGAUGGGCUCUGAGACCAUGCCCAGCUCUAGAACUCAGAUGAGCUCUGAGACCAUGCCCAGCUCUAGAACUCAGAUGGGCUCUGAGACCAUGCCCAGCACUGAGACCAAGCCCUGUUCUAGAACUCAGGCCUGCUCUGAGGCCAAGCCCAGCUCUAGAACCCAGAUGAGCUCUGAGACCAAGCCCAGCUCUAGAACUCAGAUGAGCUUUGAGGCCAUGCCCAGCACUGAGACCAAGCCCUGUUCUAGAACUCAGGCCUGCUCCGAGGCCAAGCCCAGCUCUAGAACCCAGAUGAGCUCUGAGACCAAGCCCAGCUCUAGAACUCAGAUGGGCUCCAAGACCGAGCCCAGCUCUAGAACUCAGAUGGGCUCUGAGACCAUGCCCAGCUCUAGAACUCAGAUGGGCUCCGAGACCGAGCCCAGCUCUAGAACUCAGAUGGGCUCCGAGACCAUGCCCAGCUCUAGAACUCAGAUGAGCUCUGAGACCAUGCCCAGCUCUAGAACUCAGAUGGGCUCCGAGACCGAGCCCAGCUCUAGAACUCAGAUGGGCUCCGAGACCGAGCCCAGCUCUAGAACCCAGAUGAGCUCUGAGACCGAGCCCAGCUCUAGAACUCAGAUGGGCUCUGAGACUGAGCCCAGCUCUAGAACCCAGAUGAGCUCUGAGACCAUGCCCAGCUCUAGAACUCAGAUGAGCUCUGAGACAGAGCCCAGUAUUGAGACCAAGCCCUGUUCUAGAGUCCAGGCUAGCUCCGAGACCAAGCCCAGCUCUAGAACCCAGAUAAGCUCUGAAACCAAGCCCAGCAUAGAGACCAAGCCCUGUUCUAGAAUUCAGGCCACCUCUGAAGCCAAGCCCAGCUCUAGAACCCAGAUAAGCUCUGAAACCAAGCCCAGCAUAGAGACCAAGCUGUGUUCUAGAAUUCAGGCCACCUCUGAGGCCAAGCCCAGCUCUAGAACCCAGAUAAGCUCUGAGACCAAGCCCUGCUCUGAAGCCCAGGCCAGCUCUGAGACGAAGCCCAUCUCUAGAAUCCAGCUGGGCCCUGACAACAAGCCAAACUCUGGAACCCAGACACAUUUUAAGACCCAGAGCAGCUUGGAGACCAAGCCCAGUUCCAGAAACCAGGCUAGCUCGGAGACCAAGCCCUGCUGGAAAACUCAAGCUGACUCUGGAACUCUGGACAGCUCCACGAUGCAGCCACACCUGGACACUCGGUCUAGCUCCGGAACCCCAGUUAAUUUUGGAACCCAUGUGAGAUUCAUGAAGCAGCCCAGCUCUGGAACCCCAGUCAGCUCAGGAUUCAGAGACAGCUCCCAAACCAAAUCCUAUUCAAGAACUCAGACCAGCUCAGAAACCCAGGUCCACACGGCUGCCCAGUCCAGAUCCCAACCCCAGUUGCAUCCAAGUGUCCAUCCCCAUCCUGCAGCCCAGUCCAGCUCCAGUGAUGAUUCCAGCUCUGAGACUGAGCCCAGCUCUAGAACCUCGCCUAGUGCUACAACCAGGCCCAACUCCAGGAUUCAGACCAGCUCUGGAACCCCAUCCAUCUUGGAAGCAAGACCCAGCUCCAGCACACAGCUUGGUGCCAAGCCCCACUCUCCUUGCACAAUGCAGCUCAGCUCUAGAAUGCAGUUUACUUCCAGGACCCAGACCAAUUUCAAGGCCUGGCCAAGCUCCAGAGCUCAAUCCAGCCCAAGCACCGCACCCAGCUCUGGAACUCAGCUCAGUUCUGGAGCACAGGCUGGUUCUGAAAUCCCAGCCAGCUCCAAAACACAGACAGCGGCUGAGACCCAGCCAAGUUCCAGAAUCCAGCUAAGCUCUGGAGUCCAAUCUAGUCCUGGGACCCAGGCCAUCGCAGCAAUAGAAUUAAGCUCCACAGCCCUGUCUAGUUCCGACAGCAGGCCCAGCUCCAGGUCCCAGCGCUGCCCAGGAGCUCGACCAGCCUCUGGGACUCAAUUUGCCUCUAAAACCAUGCCAGGUUCUAGCUAUCAGCUCCAGACCACAGCCCCAGACAGCUCUGGUAUUCAACUGGACUUUGGGAAGCAGACGAGUUCUGAAAGUCAGCUUAGCUUUGGAACUCAGCCCAGCUCUGGGGCCCAGAUAAGCUCAAGAAUUCAAGCCAGCUCUGGAAGUCAGCUUAGUUUGGGAACCCAGCUGAUUUCCGGAGCCCAACCCAGCUCCAGAACUCAGACUAGUUCUGGAAACCAGCUCAGCUCUGGGACCCAGACCACUGCAAGAAUUCAGCUCAGCCCUGGAGCUCAUCUUAGCUCCAGAACCCAGUCCAGUCCUGAGACCAGGCUCAGCUCUGAGGCUCAGUCCAGCUCUGGAACCCAGUUCAGUUCUGGGAUUCAGUUCAGCUCUGAAACCCAGACCAGCUCAAGAAUUCAGCCCGACUCUGGAGCCCACCUUAGUUCCAGAACCCAGUCCAGCUCUGAGACCGGGCUCAGCUCUGAAACCCAGAUUGGCUCAAGAAUUCAGCCCAGCCCUGGAGCCCACCUUAGUUCUGGAACCCAGCCUGUUUCUGGAACCCAAUCCAGUUCCAGAACUCACACCAGUUCAAGAAUCUGGCUGAGCCCUAGAAAUGGACUCUGCCCACAGACCCCUGGCCUUGACCCUAGAAUCCAGCUUGAGGCCCCUGCCCCAGCCCAACCUCAGCCCCCAGGCCCAUCCCCCAGAGACCCCACCCCAGCCCCUAGCAAAGACCCCCAGCCUCUGCCUCAGCCCCAUGAUCAGGUAUGUGGCAUCCAGGCCAGCCUUGGCCCCAUCCCAGGCUUACCCCAAGCCUCCUACCUGGCCCCACAGUCACAGGUCUCCUCAACCCCCCAGAAGCCAGCCGUCUCUCCCAAGCCCCAGGUGGGACCCCAGAAGUCCACCCCACCCACCAUAUCUGUCACUCCUAGUCCUGCCCCUAGGGCAGCCCUCCUGAGUUCCCAGCUGUCUGAGUCCCCAGCUUUGGCGCCAGCCCUUUGCCCCACUCAGGGGGAGCCAGGACCCCGCCCUUACCGCGGGGGGCCGUAGCUUGGCUGUGACUUAGCCCUGGUUCAUGUGGUUCUCGUCCUCUCCUGUCCCUUCCAGCCUGGGUCCCCCAGAAGCAGCAAGUGACCUUAUUUCUCCAGCAGGCGGUGGUGGGGAGUGUGCGGUGGUGAAAACAGGGGCUUCACCGGUCCUGGCUCAGAUCCAGGUCCUUGGAGGGAAAAGGAGGGCAGGAGACGGGUUGCACCGGAUGUACCCUGAGGGCUCAUGGUGAAUAAAGGCACCUUCCAU